UUUUUUUUUUUUUUUACCACGAUUACACACUGACCUUUCCACACUUACCCCUUAUCACGUCACGCUAUGCGCCAUAAACAGAAUCUACCAGUUCAUGAUAUGGAUUGGGAUGAUUCUUUAUCUUCUCGUUAUCAAUAUGGCUCACCUUUAACAAUGCUUCAACAACGUCAACAACACAAUCGAAUACAACAACAACAACAAUACAAUACUAUAUUUAGUGAUGACGAAGACGAUCCUGUACCUCAACGAUGGGCAAAGAGUUUAACAACUUCUGCUGUCUCUUUAACACCUUCUACUACUGCUACUUAUGUUGACCCUCUACUUAGUUCAGGUACUUAUCAUAUUCACCAAGCAGAGAAUGCAUUAUCAACUCUUAAACAUAUUGUACUGGAAGACGGUUGGAAGAAAGCUCUCAAACAUAAAAGUGGUGUAGUUGUUCAUAUGAUGAAUGGACUUCACAAGGCUGAUAAAACUCCCAUUUUUAAAGGAGAGGCGAUCAUACAUGGUUUUUCCCCUCAAUCUAUCUUUUAUGUCAUCGGUAUGCGAAAACUAUGGGAUGAGCAAUAUGAAGAUGGAAACUUGGUGGAAAACUUGAAUGACACGACUUCUUUGACCUACGAAGUGACCAAACCUACAGCGACUUCAAAGCCUCGAGAUUUUGCUCUUGUGGAACGAAUCGAAUGUACUCCUAAUGGAUCAAUUAUUUUUGCGGCAACUAGUGUGGAAACACCAAGAUUACCACGUAUUCAAGGAAGAACAAGAGCACAGAUCAAAUUACAAGGUUGGAUCUUGGAACCAAUUCGUGGGAGCACUCCAGCUACUAGAGUUACUUUUGUUAUUCAAGAAAAUAUGAAAGGAUGGGUCCCUGGAUUUGCCAAAAAGUCACUAGCACGUCGUCCUUUAGUUAUUGCUCUCAUCAACGAUUAUCUACAAAAGAAAUCUGGAAGAACUAGAUUACAAGCCAAACCAUCUCUCACUCCUCUUACUCAAGGACAUAGUCGACGACCUUCACUUCUUGGUCAAUUACUCGAUCCAUCUAUAAAUCAAUCUCAGCGGAACAGUGGUAGUCCAUCACCAACUCCAUCCAAUCGAUCUAUUUUAAUUGGUUCUAAUGGAUCCAUCUUUUCUGGAAAAAAACGAAUUACCUUUGCUGAACAAGACACUACAUACCCUGGAGCAGAUACAACAGCGGAUGGUCAGUCUGAAACAAGUAACACAAACUCAUUUCCAACAAUGGCACCAGCAGGAUUAUCACCAUCAACAUCAUCAUCAGCGGCAGCAAUACAACAACAACAACAACAACAACAACAACAACAACAACAACUACAGUUGCACCCAGUAUAUCAACAUCAUAAUGAUAUGUCUUCUCCUAUUCCAACAUCAACAAUAGUACCUUCAACGCAAGGAUCUCUGGCGCCAUUGCAACCAUCCUCUACUUCAAUAUCUCCAAUAACCCAACUACCACUACAAAGAUUAUACCCAGCUCACAGACAUGCAGCUAAAAAGUCAGAGUCAUUGAAUAUGAUCAAACAAUUAUCAACAUCACCUAGUGGUUGGACAUUUACACAAGAAAAGGAUGGAAUUCAAUAUUAUUCGAAUGCACAAUAUCUUCGAGCUGAUGGAAUGAUUUAUGGUGGCUGGACUCCUGAACAACUUUGCUCUGUUACUCAUUGUAUAGGAGCACGAAAGACAUGGGAUGAGCAAUUUGAACACGGCGAUGUUUUGGAAAGAUUCAGUCAAAAGGAUUACCUGGUACGAUGGACUAUGAAAAAUGGAGGAAGUUAUACAGUGACAUCUACUAUUGAUACGGAUACAACUCUGGGAACUAUAUAUACAGCAAGCACUAGCGUAGAGGAUACACAGGUGGUAUCUGGAAGUCUACGGUUUCAACUGUAUGGAUGGAUCUUUGUUCCUAUCAAAGAUGCUCAAGGAAAUCGAUGUGUCAAGACAAGUUUGAUAUGGGAUUCGAGUGGUAUGUUUAGUCCUCAUUCUAUACAGGGCCUUAAUCAAUUCCUAUCAACCAAUGGAUGCCCUCCUUAUAUUCGACGUGUUGCUGGCAAGGUCCUUCAUGAAGAAUUAUUGAUGAUGGAAGAUAAUUAUCCUAUCAAUGGAUAUAGUGGUAGUGAUGAUGAUGCAGUGGUUUCCCGAAAGAUGAACAAGAAGAAACCUAUUUAUAGUAUGACGUAUGUGGUCAAGCAUGAGCCUUCCAGCUCUUAUCGUGCUCGAAAAUCUAACCCGGAAAAGAAUUGGUGUACCGAUAUUCGAAUCCAUUCUUCAUCAAUGUAUCCUCUUGGUUUUGAGGUGUCAGUGUCUCCUUCUUCUGGUACUCGCGUUGACGUAUCUGAACAUCAUAUCAAGAUCUUCACAACUAUGGCUGAAAUGGAUGGCAAACAAGUAUCUGUUUCUUUGGCUGCUUCUCAUACUGGCAAGGUGACAUGUAAUGGCUCAUUGGUAUUUAUUAUGAAAGAUGUGCCAAAUGUUAACGAUAUCAGUACGGAUAUAACUCAAAAGGAAAAAGGACUUCAUGAUCUGACAGGAUUAGAAGGUGAUCAAACGGAAUCCGAUAUCCAAUCACCAUCAUCACCAAACACAACUCAAUCUACAGUAAAGCCCCAUCAUGAUCAUGACACUUCAACUAUAUCUCCACCAAUUAUUGUAAAUCACCAAAAAUUUGUAGCGGAAUCGAAUCAAGAACAUGAACAAGUUAUCCACACUCCUAUCAAAGGUGUACAAGUCCCUGAAGGUUACAUUUUAGUCCCUCAGCAACAAUAUCACAACAACAAUAUUGUGAUCAUAUCAGACGAUUUGACCUUCAACGGACAACAAUUAGCAGUUGUAUUUGUAGCUAUGGUUUUAUGUUAUUACAUGGGCAAGUUUGCAUGUGGAUGUUCCUAGUUUAUCUUUCUCUUUCUGUUUUUUUUUUCCCUUGUAUCUUUUAGUUUUAUUUGUUUUAGUUUUACUUCCCUACUCUUUAGUAUUGUUCAUUUUACCUUGUUAUUUAUAAUAUUUUAAUCAUUUAGAAACACAUUUACUUUUAGCCUUCUUUUUUUUUGCUGGUAAAAAUAAAGAAAGUAAAAAAAAAAAAAAGUCAUUGGUUUCGCAACAAAAAAAAAAAAAGGAUUUU